AAACAUUUACUUCAUCUACAAUACAACAAGAAGAGGUCACAUACAUACACCCACUCUCUCUCCUUCUCUUUCCCCGUUUCACCUUCCUUUUUUCACAACCAUUUAUGAGAUUCCUCCAAUGGUCUUUUCUUUUCCAUUGGAUUGUACAGAUUCCUAGCUGAAUUCCCAUCUCAAUCCCUUAUAUUUAUGGUAGAUUUUUGGCUGUUGUCUGUGAUUUUUCCUGGAUAAAAAGACAUUAAACUCUUCUGGGUCUCUUGGCUUUUGCUUUCCUGUACCAACUCUCUCUGGGUUGUUGCAGAAAAAGCCUUCCAUACCCAGCAGUAUGAUGCCAUACCAGGCUUGAAGAAAACAAUUUCAUUUUAACGAAGUUUUUUCCCUUCAAAAUUUUUAACUUUUUCCUCAACACAUUGGUUUUUUGGUUUCUUUUUCCUCAAUUUAUUUACUUUUCCUGGGUUGUUUUAACUCCUUUUUCUUCACUUGAGGGAAAGAGAGAGACAUGGGCAAGCAAGGGCCUUGCUAUCACUGUGGAGUUACGAGCACUCCCCUUUGGCGCAAUGGGCCUCCCGAGAAGCCAGUCUUGUGCAAUGCAUGUGGGUCUCGGUGGAGGACAAAGGGAACACUUGCAAAUUAUACCCCUCUACAUGCUCGGGCAGAACCUGAUGAGUAUGAGGAUCACAGGGUUUCCAGAAUGAAGAGUAUAUCAAUAAAUAAAAACAAAGAAGUGAAACUACUCAAAAGAAAGCAGAAGAGUGAUAAUAUGGUGGUUGCCUCUGGUGUGCCCGAUUACAACCAGGGCUUUCGAAAGAUGAUAGAUGAAGAUACAAGUAACAGAUCAAGUUCCGGAUCGGCAAUAUCUAAUUCGGAGAGUUGUGCACAAUUUAGCAGUGCAGAUGCAAGUGAUUUGACAGGCCCAUCUCAGUCAAUGGUGUGGGAUACAACAGUGCCUUCAAGGAAGAGGACCUGUGUGAGUCGUCCUAAGCCAUCUCCGGUCGAGAAGCUGACAAAAGAUCUAUGUUCUAUUUUGCACGAACAACAGUCUUCAUAUUCAUAUUUCUCUGGAUCUUCUGAAGAGGAUCUACUUUUUGAGAGUGGAACGCCAAUGGUUUCUGUUGAGAUAGGACAUGGAAGUGUUCUCAUUAGGCAUCCGAGUUCAAUAGCUCGGGAUGAGGAAUCUGAAGCUAGCUCACUUUCAGUUGAUAACAAACAGUUUCCAUCUAAUGAGGCUUAUUCCUAUUCUGAUGCCCCUCCUGUACAUAAUGUUAGCAGGGUUGUUGGUUUUUCAAGUCCUGGGUUUGAAAGAAUGAAGAACCAUGCUGGACAAGGGAUGCAACCAGAACAACUUAAAAGGGACAAGUCUCAGAAUGAGAAUCUACAAAUCCUGGCAAGUCAUAACUCUCCGCUGUGUGAUAUAGAUUUGAAUGAUGUAUUAAACUAUGAGGAGUUUAUGAGACACUUGGCGAAUGAAGAGCAACAAAGAUUACUGAAGUAUCUAUCUCCAGUUGAUGCUGUUACAGUCCCUGAUAGCCUCAAAAGUAUGUUUGAUAGUCCUCAAUUCAAGGAUAAUUUAAUUUACUUUCGAAAACUGCUUGUGGAAGGGGUCUUUGACAUCUCCAUCUCUGGCGCAAAAUCUGAAGACUGCAAGACUUUGAAAAGGCUUGCAUUAUUCGAUUUGACGAAGUCCAAAUGGGUUGAAAACUAUCAGGUGCUUAAGAAAUGUAAAAGUAGUACGGGAGGAUAUGUUGUUUCUGGAUCUAAUGCCGCUGCCUCAAGUAAUUUAACAAAUGUCAAGAGGUUGCAUGACAGCCCAAGUCAAAAUCCCACAGAAUUUAAGACCAUGAUGAAGUGCCCGAAAAGGGUGAUCAUGAAGGCUAGCUACGAGACCAAGGAAGCGAUAGACAAUGAUGGUUCUUGCUUUAGUCCAAGAAGUCUAUUUGCUUUGCCCACCGACGGUGGCUCCCUCAUGCUGGAUUCUUUUCAUUUUGUUGAAGAAAAUUCUGAUCAGGAUCUGCUCCUAGACGUGCCAUCCAAUGGCUCUUUUCCACAGGCAGAGCUCCUUCAACCAGCUUUAAGUUUUGGUGCCCAGCAGGCAAGCACUAGUAGUAGCUCAAUAUACCCACAUCUUGUCAGUCGCUGACUGUAAAUGAUUUCUAAUCACUAAGGCUAUUGUAGGUAUGCCUUUGAAAACUUUGACUGGGGUUCAAAUAUUUUGGAUGGUAAACACGAAAGUCUGUGAAUGAGGUUUGCUGCUUGAUCUUUCUCCCUAUUCACCUUUUUGAACUCUGAAUGCUAAGGGAAGAAUUUUGUGGGCCUUUUUGUAUAGGUUACGUUAGAUUGUAUUAUAUGGUUCAUACUAGUAUUUUUGUA